GAUCCCAUCAGUAUCUUUGUGAUAAGUCUCACAAAAAUUCUUCUCCAAGCUGAAAACUUUAUUACAAUAUUACCAUUUUUAUCUUUUUCUUGUUUGCUUCAGACUUUCUCAUUAAAGCACUCGUAUCCCACUUUGGACUUUGGUUUCAGACUUCCCAUUGUCAAGAUUUUUUUGUUUUUUAUUUUUUGCUAAUGAAUAAAGUUUCUGUUUGAGAUCAGUUUGAUAUUUUAGUUGUUUAAACAGUGAAGACACAUUGCUGGCAAAGUUGCAUUCUUGGAUUAUUUUCAAGAAGUAAAAAUGUGUGAAGGAAAGUUUGAUUCUAUGGCAAAAGAAACACUGAAGAGCCUUUGUAGAAGCCAUGGUUGGUCUUAUGGAGUUUUUUGGGGUUUUGAUCAGAGAAAUUCUUUAUUAUUAACGUUACAAGAUGCAUACUAUGAGGAACAAAUGGGAGCUGUGAUUGAUGAAAUGCUACUUCAAGUCCAUGUUCUUGGAGCAGGGAUAAUUGGCCAAGCAGCAUUUACUAAGAAACACAAAUGGAUGUUUUCUGAUGCUAACAAUGGAAAGCAGAUCCCCAUUGGAUCAUCUAAUAAUUCCAAUUUAUUCCAGGAUGAUGCUGAAUUUGAGCAACAAUUUUCUACUGGGAUCAAGACAAUUGCUGUAAUCUCAUUUGAACCGCUAGGCGUUCUGCAAUUUGGUUCUACUAGUAAGCUUCCAGAGAGGACAGGUUUUGUGGAUCAAGCUAGAAAACUUUUCCAGGGGAUAGAAGUCGAAGCAGGAAAGUUUUCAUCGCAAGUUUCACCUUCAUUUUCAAGUGGUGAAAUAUGUGGUUUAUUAGGAGGAUCAUCAGUUUCAUCAAUCUGGGAGAAUCUGCAUUUUGUGAAUUCCAAUGUUCCGCCAACUGCAAACAGUGAAACUUUUAUGAAGGAAUCUUGUUUAUUAGAAGAUCUCAUAGCGGGCAAUCAGAUAAUGACAUCUGAUGCAGCUACAUCAUCUUUGAGCGAAAACCAGUUUCAAAAUGUUCAGUUCAAUUCCUGCAGUGGCCAAUUUGACACUCAAUUGCAGCAACCGACGUUCCAGUCUGCUGGUUUCUUUACCGGCUUCCAGGAUUCUUGUCUGACUUCAACUUGGGAUGAUCUCGCAUCAAAUAUGAGCAUACAAGAUUUUGAUUAUGUCCUUUCCGCGGAGCCAAACCAUUUUGAAUAUCGCGCAGAUGCAACUCAAAGCUUUCAUGAGAGCUCAUCAUUCAGUUCCUUAGGUGGAUUCGAAGUACUUGCUGAUGGUGAUAAGACCACCGAGCUGUAUUGCACACCGUUGAUCAACCAGAGGAAUGAUGGAGCACUUAGUACUAUCAAUGAUAACCUAUUCGAUACGAUGGGAAUUAUCUCAGCGUCUGCCAAUCUAAACGAGCAGCGUAAUUUUAAUCUAGACUGUGAUGCUUCUGUUUCAAUACAAAGUUCCAUCACCAACGCCUUUAACCAUGUUGAAAAAGGAAAAUGUUCAAACAUGUCUCCCUUCGAGAAAAUGACUGGUUUGAACCCGGAUGUUAGUGGUCAGUACCCGGACUUUAGCACUUCCAACUGUGGAUGGAACUCUGGUCAAGCUAAUGAACUCAGAUCUAGGCCUGAUAACAGGUUAUUCUCAAAACUGGGAAUAGACCAGCUUCUUGAUGACGCCUUGAACGGAUCUUGUUCAUUUGCUGGAUCUGUUUCCGAUGAUCAGUUGUCAGGAACCAAUAAAAGAAGAAGAAUUGGAAGUUCUUCAGGAUGCAAUUAUCUGGCAAUGCCUCCUAGAUUUUCAAGCUUUGAUAAGAUUAGAAAGUUGCCUGAAUGUAGUCUAGAUAGGGCAACUAGCAACCUCGAGGCGAAGAGUGAGGCCAUCGCGAAGUUGGAUGCAAGUACAUUGAUUGGAGACAGAUGCAGCAUCAAUGCUUGCAGUACCAUUUUACCAGUUAAAGGCAAUCAAAAAUCCUCAAAGCCUACUAAGAAGAAGGCUAAACCAGGGACUCGGCCUAUUCCUAAAGAUCGACAGCUGAUCUAUGAACGUCUCUCAGAGUUGCGAGAGCUUAUCCCUAAUGGCGAGAAGAUGAGCAUUGAUCGCUUACUACACAGAACUAUAAAGCACUUGCUUUUCUUGCAAGGUGUCACUAAACAUGCUGAAGGACUCAAAAAGAGUGAAGAUCUGAAGGAUGCUAAAAUUCGAUUAGAGAAGUCCAAGACUAAUGGCAAUGGAGUUACAUGGGCAUGUGAAAUUGGCGAUCAAACAAUGGUUUGUCCGCUGAUAGUUGAGGACCUUAGUACCCCUGGUCAAAUGCUUAUAGAAAUACUCUGCAAGGAACAAGGUUUCUUUCUGGAGAUGGUAGAUGUAAUUCGAGGCUUUGGCUUGAACAUAUUGAAGGGAGUGAUGGAAUCUCGCGAGACAAAGAUGUGGGCGCAUUUUGUUGUUGAGGCUGAGGGAAACAGGCUAGUAACAAGGCACGAGAUCUUUUCAUCCCUUGUUCAGCUGUUACACUUGACCAGUACUAGUGAAGUCGGUCUGAACAAUCAGCUUCAGAAUAUUACUGGUGGAAGGACUGCUCUAAUAAACGAUUGUCCAAAAUCUGCUGUGCCCAUAUCUAGCAGCUUACCUGAAACAAUUCGAUGUGUAAUAUAGCGAUCGUUGCACUUACUAUAGGAUCUGUUUGUGGUAACAUAGAACAUGCAGAGGAGCAUAUUGAGAGGAAGUUGUAUCAAAAAGUUUUUCCCUUUUCAAGAUUGCUCCUUCUUUUACACCUUAGGAUUAUCUUCUUUUUAUCUCUUGGCAGAGUUUGAUUAUAACUUUAAGCUGACUGACUAGCUAGGUAGUUCCAGGUUACUUUUGAUUGUUCAUUUUUGCAAUUUCUGUUUUUUCUUCUGUAAUUAUGAAACAUGGAUUACUAAGAAGUAAUUACAUUAGUCUU